UUGCCGAUUGCUGUAACCUGUGUCACUGUUCUCAUCGCGAUAUCUGCAGUAAUUGGAUGGAAGAAGUACUACAGAAAGGUCAGUGGGGAGCCAGUGCCUAUCCCAGCAAGCAACGUGCAUGAGGCACAACACACCCUGAGUGGGACCCCUGUCCAUCACAGGCAGUUUACCAAUGAUGCAGAUGAAAAGCCCCCAACACCCCCACUAAGACAGAAAAACCAGUCUUUAAGAGGCAAGGACAUGGAGAGAAUCACUUCUGCUGGGUUUUGCUGACCUUUGUGAUGGAUGGACAGUGACAUUGCCAAAGCACAUGACUGGCCUGAGAGGGUCCUGUAUGGUCAUCCCAUGUAGUUUUGAUUACUCUUCUGAUCCUCCUAAAAACUUUAUAGUGGUCUGGUAUCAAUAUGCGGGUCAUGGUUACCCUCUUGUGUUUGAUGAAAGGAAUCCAAACAAUGUGAUUGACAAGUUCAGGCAGCGAACAAGGCUGGUAGGAAAUGUGGACGCUAGGAACUGCAGCCUGAAAAUUACUGACCUCAACAUGAGUCACCAUAAGGAGAAAAUUUAUCCCUGGGUGGAUCCUGAUUAUAUUUCUUGGCGGGUUUAUGCAUUUUACGACACAAACGUUGAGCUUCGAAUCCAAAACGAUCCCCCAGAGCCGGAAAUCACUCUUGAAGGCCCUAGCAAGGAAGGAGAGCUCAUGAGUGUUCGCUGCAGCACGUACCACAGCUGUCCCGACACUCCGCCGUCUUUCAGCUUCACCGGGCUUGAGGGACAGGUGAAAAUCAGCCACACCCCUGCUUAUGAAGGUGUGUGGAGGUCAACCGCUGUCCUGACAUGGACGGCGAAAAGGACAGAUGAGAAAGUCCUCUGUAAUGUCACACACCCUGGGCCCAGAUCAGCAAGCAUUCAGCUUUCAUUGAACAUAGAAUAUGCUCCGGCUCAAGUACAGUGGACUCAAAUCCCCGAAGCAGUGAGAGAGGGAGGUGCGGUUGUUCUGUUUUGUCACAGUCAGGGAUUUCCACCCGCCUCAAACUUCUACUGGUACAGAAAGCAUGGUCAAAGAGCAAGUCUUUUAAAAGGGAAUUCCAACGAACUGAGAAUAACCAACGUGUCCAGAGAAGGAGGCUCAUAUUACUGCAAGGCAAAGAAUGAAGUUGGGGAAACAAACUCAAAUGUCAGCCCUCUGAAUGUUCAGUAUACACCAGAAAUCCUUCCUGGAUCCCACUGUUUAUUUAAUGAAGGGAAGUUAAGGUGUGUUUGCCUGGUGGACUCUAACCCUCCAGCUUCUAUCACAUGGUAUUUCAACACAUCCUCCAAUACUGCCCCCUUUAACAAAUCUAGAACAGAAAAUGGGAAUUUGGUGACUGAAGUACUGACUGGGAAACUGAAAUCUGUGGUUAAUAUCACCUGCUCCCCCAGCAACAUCCUUGGGAAGAAAUCUUUCCAGCUGACACUGACUGGCUUUUCAGUUUCAGGUGACUCAACAUGGAAGAUUGUCUUAGGAGCUUUAGGACUGACAGUCGUCCUUCUCGUUUUUGCUAUUGGGCUGCGGAGAUACAGGAAAACUCAUUCCAAAAAAACACCUCCUCAGCCCAUGCCUCCAUCCAUCCCUGUAGCCAGGAACACACGAGAAAAUACCUGUCCUGACGGGAACGACAUUUAUGCAAACACCGAUUGGCAAGAUCUGCAAGAAGCUGUCUACAAAAAUGACUGGGGGCAGACUUCAAGCAUUGAAGACUAUGGUAGUGACAAUAUCUAUGGUAACUGCUGAACUCUAUUGUACAACUGGUGAGAUCAUUUAUUCCUUUUGCAUGGAAUGUAUGGUCCAGAAGAAUGCAGGACAAAUCUAACAGCACAGCACUCAAAGCAUAAAACCUUGUCAUUUUAUUAGUUGAUAACUGUCAUUCAACCAGUAAUUAAUUACGAUCAAAUACGCUGAUAUGCAUGAUAUGUUAUACUGUAUAUUAAACUCUGUUCACCAUACAGUAUGUGUUACUAUGCUAUUUUGUAUGUUUGUGUGUUAUGUUAUUGGAUUGCUUUGUUUGCUGGCAUAUCUUACAGAAUAUUAAUAUGUAACUGUUUAAUGACCUUUUGAAUAAAAUAUUUUCUGGAUA